AUGCACAUACCAUGCUACUACAUAGCACUAGAGCUGGGAUCUCUUUUUCCAGAUCACCACAGUUUUCUCCAUAAUCAAUGUCGGGCAUCAUCAUCACCUCAGCUAGGGACGAAAUCAGGAUUCGUCUUUUGUGUUCUGAUUUCGGUUGUGGUCUUCGGUGGUGGUGGUGGUCGUGUUGGGGAUUUCGGUUGUGGUCUCCAGAUUCGUCUUUUGUAUGUUGAUUUCAGUCGACGGCUCAUCAUUGGGGUUUCUCGAUUGCCAGAGAGCGGUUUUGAUAAGAUCAAUUCCGUCCGAUCUUAUAUAUUUGAAGCAAAAAUGGAACAUGAAGAAAUUUCUAGCGUCAAUGAAACCCCCAUGUUUCGACCACCACCUCAAAGAAUGCUGUCUUUGGAUGAUAUACUACUAGUCUCACCAUCACCAUCCUCACCGUCACCAUCUCAACCGUGUGUGGAGUCUGACGAGGUUUUCAAAUUUUACAACAAUUACGCUAAGGAAGCUGGUUUUAGUUUGCGAAUCUUUUCUAGCAAGACGAAUAAGAACAAGGAAACCAUUAGGAAGGAGUAUGUUUGUUUCAAAGAAGGGGUGAGGAAAAAUUCUAAAGCCAAUAAUCGACGUCGGGGUUUAACUAGAGAGGGUUGUCAUGCAAAACUGUCAGUCGUGAAAAAUCGGUUAGGUGAAGGGUUUGUUGUGAAACAAUUUGUUGAGGUGCAUAACCACGAACUUACGACGCCAAAGAAGGUGCAUUUGUUGAAAUCUCACCGUCGAGUGUCGGAUGCACAAAAAUCAUUAUCACAACAACUUUCAGCUGCAAAUGUGCCACCCUGUCAACAAAUGAGUUUUUUUGAGGUGCAAGCCGGGGGUUUUGAAAAUGUUGGAUUUACACGACGAGACCUUUACAAUUAUGGGAGGGAUAAGAAGGCAUUUGUUGGUGGACAUGACGCCAACAUGUUGUACGAGCAUUUUGAGAGGAAAAAAGCAAAGAAUCCCGGUUUUAUGUUUACAUUCGAGAGAGAUGAUCAAGAUAGAAUGACUCAUUGUUUUUGGGCCGAUGCAACCUCUAGGAAGUCAUACCAAUAUUUUGGGGACGUGGUGGUGUUCGAUACAACAUACAACACAAACAAAUAUUGUUUGAUAUUUGCACCUCUAUUAGGGGUUAAUCACCAUGGGCAAACAACGCUUUUUGGGUGUGCAUUCUUAAGCGACGAAUCAAGUGAUUCCUUUGAGUGGCUUUUGAAGGAAUUCUUGAAAGCGAUGCCUGGACCCCCGCCCAAAAUCAUCAUUACUGAUCAAGAUCCAGCAAUGACCAAAGCAAUUGCUUGUGUUCUUCCAACUACGUUUCAUAGAUAUUGCAUUUGGCACAUUGUUAGUAAAUUUUCUGAAAAGAUAGGUGCAUUGGCAUAUAAACAAUAUUAUGAGGAGUUCAAAAAAUGUAUUUGGAAUUCUGAGAGCCCCGAAGAGUUUGAAGCAAUAUGGGUAGAUCUUGUCAGAAAAUCUAUGCUGUCCAACAAUGAAUGGUUGCAGGGCAAGUACGAAAUUCGUGAGAGAUGGGUGCCAGCAUUUACGAAACAUAUUUUCUUCGCUCACAUGACAAGUAGUCAAAGAGCUGAAAUUUCUCAUUCAUUCUUCAAGAGGUAUGUGUCUUUGGAUAAUUCAAUGUUGGAUUUUGUGACACGGUUCAAUAGUGCACUUUCACGUCUACGACAUAAUGAAUUGGAUUUGGAUCACAAGGAUGUAAAUGAGAAGCCAAUCUUGAAAACCUCGUAUUUGAUGGAAAAGAGAAUGAGUGAAAUAUACACACUAGCUAUAUUUAAGAAAUUUCAGGAGGAAAUAUUUCAAAUUGGUGCCUAUGUGCUUACACUUACACAUGAGGAUGAACAUUGA